UUCAGUUUUGUUAGUUGCCGCUGAACUGGCGAUCGAGCAGGUUGCUUUCUUCGCUUUUACGACAGCUUUCGUGCUUUGCGCAAUCACUUUCAGCGACUUCCAAACGUGGCGUGUGCAUUCUGUAAACAAUUUUAAUCGACAGUUUGUUGUGAAUCAAAGCGGAACGAUGACCAGUUUUGUAAACAUACCGGAAGGAAGCGAUUUCCCUUUGGAGAAUCUACCAUAUGGCGUAUUCUCAACCAAAUCGAAUCCGCGCAAGCGCGUCGGUGUCGCCAUUGGCCAACAUGUGCUCGAUCUCGCCGGCGUAGCGCAACUUUAUCCACCCGAAGUACAGGAUGCGCUCAACUCAGAUUCGUUGAAUCUGCUGAUGAGUCUCGGUCACACAGCGUGGAAUGUAGUGCGUACGCGCACACGUGAGCUGCUGCUGAAAGGUUCGGUGCUCGAGGAGAAUUUGCUGCUGGCACACAGCGUUCUCAUACCACAAACCGACUGCGAGCUGCAUUUGCCCGCCAACAUCGGCGACUACACCGACUUCUAUUCAUCCAUACAUCAUGCAACCAAUGUUGGCAUCAUGUUCCGCGGCAAGGAGAAUGCUCUCAUGCCGAAUUGGCGUUAUAUACCGGUGGGCUAUCAUGGACGCGCCAGCUCUGUGGUGGUCUCCGGCACACCGAUACGCCGUCCAUUGGGUCAAACUUUACCCGUGGAUGGUCAGCCACCAGUUUUUGGCGCUUGCAAGUUAUUGGAUUUUGAAUUGGAAGUUGCUUUCUUCGUUGGUGGUCCGGGUAAUCAAUUGGGCGAACGCAUUUCAGCUGAAGAUGCGUGGAAGAAUGUCUUUGGUUUUACGCUGAUGAAUGAUUGGAGUGCACGUGACAUUCAAAAAUGGGAGUAUGUGCCGUUGGGUCCAUUCACAGCUAAGAAUUUAGGCACCACCAUAUCGCCAUGGGUUGUGCCUGUUGCGGCCUUGGAACCUUUUCUGGUAGACAAUUUCAAACAAGAACCGGAAGUGUUUCCAUAUUUGAAACACGAACGUCCAUUCAACUUUGAUAUAAACCUCGAGGUUUCUUUGAAACCCGAAGGUGGCGCUGAGUCUGUCAUCAGCAAGUCGAACUACAAAUAUUUGUACUGGACAGCGCUGCAGCAGAUUGCCCACCACACUGUCACAGGCUGCAAUGUGCGUCCCGGUGAUUUGAUGGCAUCGGGUACAAUUAGCGGUGAGACGGAAGACUCUUAUGGCUCUAUGUUGGAACUGAGCUGGCGCGGUUCGAAGACCAUCAAUUUGGAGGGCGGUGCUACCAGGAAGUUCCUGCAGGAUGGUGAUGAGUUGAUUAUUCGUGGUCACUGUGAACGAAAUGGUGUGCGUAUUGGUUUUGGUGACUGUGCCGGAAAGGUGUUACCCGCUAUACCACUUUAAAGUGUAAACUACCAUUUUACUUUAGUUUGUCUGUAUAUUGUUUACAAACACUUUUUUUUACUAUGAAAGAAAAAUAUUAGUUAUUAUGAAGAAUAUUUAACUCUUCUACAAAA